AUGAUUUCAUUUGAUUCGAUUUUGAUUUCUGUUGUUGUUUUCAUUUUCCCGGCUUUUGUUCUUUCAGAUCCUGAAGAGAAAUUUCUUUCUCGAGCGAAUCAGGAGGGAAAGAGGCCCGAGGCUCGUAACGGGUGUCGGUUGUUUGGAAUCAAGCUGAUUGACAACUCGAACAUUUCGCCAGCAACUGCGAGAACAUUGCCCAGUCCAGUUAAGAUCUCCACUGCUAUAACAAAUGAUGAAUUUGUUAAGGCUACCGCAUCUGCCGCUGAUUCCGAUCAGCAGUCAGGACUUUCAAAGGCUUCGAAAGGGAGAAGGCAAGGUUUACAGAUAUCCCCAAAGGAGGUCCUGAGCAAGCAUAGUAGUUCAACAAGGAGUCCAACCAAGGUUCACAUGCAAGGGAUUGCAGUUGGGAGAGCCGUGGACCUAACUGUGAUGGAGGGCUAUGAUGAACUGAUAAUGGAGUUGGAGUGUAUUUUUGAGAUCCACGGUGAGCUUCAUUACCGCAACAAAUGGGAAGUUGCCUUCACUGACGAUGAAGACGAUAUGAUGCUUGUGGGCAAUGAUCCAUGGCCGGAAUUCUGCAAGGUGGCAAAAAAGAUUUUCAUUUAUAUAUGUGAAGAAGUGAAGAAGAUGAAUCCAAGAAACAAGCUUCUCUCAACAGUCGAGGGGACUGCAAGAUUCAGAGCUGAAAUCUGAGACAUAAAUUUGUGGUGACCGUUCGUUCUCCAUUUUCCUUCUCCAUUGGGAGAGGAGAUUAGAGAGGGGCAAGGACGUGGGCAGUGGCUAAUAUCGAGCUUAUGGAAGAGCAGACGUCACUAAAACUGGCUUCAGAUGAAAAUCUUGAGUUGAAAGCUCACAUGGAAGAUCUGUUGGUGACGAAAAAUUUCAUUGAGGAGUUGAUGGAGAAAGGUAAGCUAAUUGAAAGGCUGGAAGAAGAACUUAUUGAAAUGAGUGAUUCACUGGACAAAUGAAUCAUAACCUU